AUGUCAAAUCCAAAAGUUUGCAAAUUAACUGAAUUAUUGAUAUUGGCGAGAUUAUAAAACUUGGCUUUUGUUGGAGAUGCUAUUAGACUUUGCUUUUCUACUCCAAUAUUUUAUGAUUAAUAGCUUCAAAAUUAAACUUGUAGUCUAACUUCAACUAAGGGUAUAUAAAAUGGAGCAUGA